AUGAAUAUCACGUGGGUUUCUACCGUUCUCAUGAUGGUCCUAUUGUUUCAAACUUUCGACCAAUCACAUGCCAGAUAUAUGAAAAGGUCUACUUUUAAGGCUGUAGAGAAGUACGCUGUCUUCUGUGACGCGGGCUCAAGUGGGACUCGAAUCAAGGUGUACAAGCUAGUCGUUGGUGUUCAUGACCCGAUUGAAGUCUCUGAUGUCAAAGAACUCGACGUCCCUAAACCUAACAAGGCUAAACCUGGCCUCAGUGCGUUUGCAGACUCCGUCAGUGAUAUCGGUAGCUAUCUUGAUGAUUUGAUUGACAGUGCUAAAAACGUGGUACCCGCUGACCGCCAGUCAUCGACUCCAAUCUAUCUGUACGCAACCGCUGGCAUGAGGUUACUGGAAGAUGACGAGAAAAACGCGGUCAUCAAUGAAGUGAACAAGCUCCUCUCAGAUAAAACCUUUUCUCCAUUCCACUUCGAGAAGGAGUUCGUAAAGAUAAUAAGCGGACAAGAGGAGGCUUUAUAUGGAUGGAUUACUGUAAACUUCCUCAAGGGAAUCUUCUCGCAGAAGACGUCAGGCGGGUCGUACGGCGCGCUUGAUUUGGGAGGAGCGUCAACCCAAAAUACAUUUAGGACAAAAAAAGACAGCGCACUUGUGACGUUUGAGCCAACCUUAGCCGGAAAAACCUAUGCUGUGUUUGCGCACAGCUACUUGUCCUACGGAGUUGACCAAGCCAGACAAUCAUACUACGAAUAUCUGGUGACGAAGCAAGGCUCUGACUGA